AUGGGGGAGGCACAAGAACAAAAGAAACCAAACCAUGAGGAGAAUAAAAUAGAAGAGAAGAAGAAACCAGAUGAACCAGAAGAAGCCAAAACAGACGAAAAUAACUCAAACCAAGCUCCACCGCUGCCACAAGAGAUCAUUCUCGGAGUUUACAUGCAUUGCGAAGGCUGCGCCAAAAAGAUCAGAAGAUGCCUCAAAGGCUUCAUGGGAGUUGAAAAUGUUCAAACCGACUGCAAAACCCAUAAAGUUAUUAUCAAUGGAGAGAAAGCAGAUCCUUUGAAGGUCCUUGAGAGAGUACAGAAAAAGAGCCACAGUCAAGUCGACCUUCUCUCUCCUAUCCCAAUUCCGCCGGCGCCGGUAGUCGAACCACCGGAGAAGAAGACAGAGAAGAAAGAACCCAUAAUCCCAGAAGAACCCAAAGUGAUUACGGUUAUUCUGAAAGUCCACAUGCAUUGUGAAGCUUGUGCUCAAGAAAUUAAACGCAGAAUUCUUAAAAUGAAAGGUGUGAUGAAAAUAGAUACAGAUCUGAAAAGCUCUCAGGUAAUCGUUAAUGGAACUUUCGACCCACCGAAGCUUCUAGAAUAUAUUUACAAACGGACCGGAAAACACGUUGUAAUCGUGAAACAAGAGGAGGUAGAGAAAGCCAAGGAGGAGAUAAAAGGAGACGGCGACAAGAAGGCGGCGCCGGAGGAAACGGUGGCGGCAGAAGGAGGGAUAGAAAUGGAAAAGGUGGUGGAGGCGAAGAAGAAUGAGGUUUACUACCAUUAUAACCAACCUAUGAAUUUCCAAAUGUACCCUCCGAGAUUGGGAAUGGAUAUGUAUGUAGGGCAACAGAGUUAUGGCCGAUAUGCCCCUCAGAUCUUUAGCGAUGAGAAUCCGAAUGCUUGUAGGGUGAUGUAAAAUGGGGGAGUAAUGGAAGGGUAAAAUGGGGAUGAAUGAUGAUAGUGAGAUUAUGGGCAGAAUGUCCAUGAGAUAGAUAGGGCCGCUGUCUUUUUUUGUUUGUUUGUAAUAUUCGG